UAAGAUGAUGAUGGCCUUUGAUGUGGUAUCCUCUUAUCUCCUCCCUCUUUGAUGGUUCCUGUACUAUGACUCUCCUUGUCCAUCAAAGCCAUCGAAUUAUUUGCUCGAGCAUUGACUACCGCGACAUUGUACCUACACGUAAACGUAGGUUCUGUUAAAUUUAUGUCAAUAGGUUCUUCUGUCUUGGGUUACACUACGUUUGUCUCGCAACGUUGAUCUCGCGAGGGCGCACCCACUACUCGGAACUCACAGCCGAGGGCGGCAUUCGCGUAUUUGCUUGUCCUUCCAUGCCAACGAACUUCACAGUAGGUAUCCCGCUUGUUACGGCCAGUAAGGCAUAGAUUGCUUCCAUCCACAUUGCCUACCAUGGAUCCUAAUCUAGCGCAUACGAUCGCAAUGCGACCAUCUCCUUUCAACCCCAAUACCAACAGUAGGCCCAUGACACCUCACUCUUCACAUUCGCCGAUGCCGCAUAUUUCGCCUCAUCAUCGUCCUCCUCCGGAUACCGCUGCUAGCACUGGUGUAGAAGCUGUACAACCUAGGGAGCUUGUGCGACACCAUGCCGCCUCCCAUCCAGACGUCGAGUCGCAGAAUGAUAGUUCGCGGUAUAGAGACAGCGAUCCUUACAACCUCUCAGCUGCUUUCAAGACCGACCAGCAGCUUGACGAGAUCAAGGCGAAUACUUCUCGCAAGCGGGACGGUCCGCGCACUCUCAACCUCAAGAGCCGCCAUAGCGAAGUCACAGACUUCUAUCGCAACCAGAACGAGACUAUCGAACGCCUUCUCAAGACCGUCGAGGAACAUCGCUCCGAAGCUCGACAGGAGGCAGGCGAGGACCACUUGCGCCACCAAAUCGCUGUCUGGGGCUCUUUCGUCGCCAAUAUCAUCUUGUCCAUUCUUCAACUCUACGCUGCCAUUUCCUCUGUUUCACUUUCACUCUUUACCACGGCUGCCGACUCCGUCUUCGACCCCUUCAGCAACCUAACCCUGAUCCUCACCCACCGCGCCGUCAAGCGUGUUGAUGCCAACCAGUUUCCCUCUGGCAAAGCUCGCCUUGAGAAUGUUGGGAAUAUUGUCUUCUGCUUUCUCAUGGUUACGGUUUCCAUAAUCCUUGUCGCCUUCUCGAUCCAGGAGCUCGUAACCCACAAGAGCACCGACCCCCUUACCAAUGGUUUCCACCUGCCCUCCGUCAUUGCCGUUGCCAUUGCGUUCGGCACGAAGUUCACGCUCUUCCUGUACUGCUGGGGCAUCAAGCAUAAAUACAGUCAAGUCGACAUUCUGUGGCAAGAUCACCGCAACGAUCUUUUCAUCAACGGGUUCGGUAUCUUAACAUCCGUCGGCGGCUCCAAGCUCAUCUGGUGGAUCGAUCCCCUCGGCUCCAUCGUCUUGUCUCUCCUGAUCAUAGGCAUCUGGACGCACACGGCUCUCCAAGAGUUCAAGCUCCUGGUUGGUGUCGCCGCCAGCGUUGAGAUGCAACAACUCAUCACGUACGUCUGUCUGACGCACUCGUCCACCAUCCAAGGCAUCGAUACCGUUCGCGUCUACCACUCGGGCCCGCGCCUCAUUGCCGAGGUCGAUGUCGUCAUGGACCCUGAUGCCACGCUCCGUGAGACACACGACGUCGCCGAGGAGCUGCAGUUCAAGCUCGAGGAUCUCCCUGAUAUCGAGAGGGCCUAUGUCCACGUUGAUUACGAGACCACGCAUAAGCCGGAACAUGCAUUCAAGAAAGACCUGUAGAGCGCUUCUUGCGGGAUGGAUCCUGAAGAUAUAAUCACGGCACUUAUUGACUGGUGCACAGAGGCUCGUGCGAGAUGCGUUUGCUGGCUUAUCAUGGUGCGGUAAGGGAGGC